AAAAACACCUUGCCAUUCUGCACGGUAAAUAGUUUCCACUUGGAAUAAGUUAAUGGAGAAAUAUUUUGGCUAGUUUUGAUAAAGGGGUUUGCUUUGCUUGCAAGGUCACUCAGAAUAAGCUCCCUGAACUUUGAACCGUAUCUGCAAAGUGAGAUAAACAAGAGCAGUAUAAAUACCACAGCCCUUUCCCCCACAGUGCUUUCUUCUGCUGCAGAGUUUAGCGGAGCUGCCAAGGAGGCGGGGGAGGAAAGGAUAAAGCCCAGUCAUGUGGGCAGGGCUGGGGCUAGUUCUGGUUCUCUCUCUCCUCCCAGGAGGAGGGGCAGAGAUCCAGAACUGCAAGGAGCCCCCAGAAUGGCGUAUUGGGGAGGAGAACCCCAUGCUGAACUCUCGGGGUUCAGUGACAGUGGUGGCUCUCCUCCAAGCUAGCUGAUACUUGUGCCUGAUGCAGGCUUCCAGACUGGAGGAACUGCGAGUGAAAUUAGAGAAUGAAGGCCUGGUCAACAUCUCGUAUGUGGUUGUCAAUCAUCAGGAAACUCCUUCCCAGAGGAAAGUUCACCUAUUGAAAGAAAGUGUUUCAGACUACAUUACUGUUUACCAGCAGGAUGAGCAGCAACCUGAUGUCUGGACUACCUUAAAUGGAAACAAAGAUGACUUUCUCAUCUAUGACAGAUGUGGCCGUUUGGUGUACCAUCUGGGUCUGCCCUAUUCCUUCCUGACUUUCCACUAUGUAGAAGAUUCUAUUAAGGUUGCUUACUGUGAAAACAAGUGUGGAAACUGCUCUUACACGGAACCUGAUAUUGAUGACAUAUGUGAAAACAUCACUAAAAAAGCAGAUGAAAAGCUAGCAGAGCUUGAACCCAGACCAGCUGGUCCACAUUCCCACCAGCAGAACCUGAACAGACACAGGCACCACCAUGGCAAGGGCAGUCGUCAGUCCAAAAAUGAGAACCAUCAGGCUCUUUCUGGAGCUCACGGACAACCUCAGGGCGGUCGGCACCACAGGGUCUUUGGCCAGAGCAGACAUGAUCAGACAGGUAGUCACGAACAGGUAGAUGCUGUUCCUCCAGGAGGAAGUGUGGAAAUUACACAAGAGAGAAAGCUAUGAAAAAAAGGGAAAGCCAACUGUAAAAACCAGUUAACUUGAAAUUGGCCGACAGCAUCAGACACAACUUCUAGUAGCUGAUGCUGACAUUGUCGACACCUUUUGUUUGAAGAGCUAGGAAAUUCUGUCACUUGACAGUGUCGUGGAGCACUUCCAAAUUCUUGCAGGUGACAUGGACAGCUGUCAGCAGAGGACAUCACUGAAUCUUGACAGUGACGUCUGCUCACUGCUGCCUGACAGUCAUCAGCAGCAAGAGCAAGUGAAACCAGUGACACCUGAGAGUGACAGGAAGAGGCAAGGAACUGAGCCUGAAAAACAAACUAAACACCUUUAAAGUGCAGGGGAGUCCUACUACUUAAAGUAAUAUGGUUGAAAGAGCGAAAAAAAUAGCAAAUUAACUGUUUUUAUUGCCCUUAAUUAAAAAUUAUCGAAGGCAGGUGUGUAGUCAAAAUCUUGCAAAGUAGACUUUCAGAGCUGUGCUCUCAGAAUUACACAGUACCUGUCAAAGUCCAUCAGUGAAAAGCUUCAUAAUUUAACUGACCCGUAGUUUGUUUUUCAGCUGCAUUGGGAAGGUGUCUGCAUUCUUGAUUGAUUUGUCUUUCUUGUUUCUCUUCUAACAUUCUGCUUGCAUUUGUGAGGACAGGAGCAUAAACUAUGACCUAGGGGCUCCUGUCUGAUGUUUUGCAACCAAGAACAGAAGAUAACCAAAAGAGAUAUUUUAAUCAUUUUUUUAUUAACAAGAUGGAAUACAUUCAAACCUUUUUUUUUCUUUCUGACCUGGGGAUACAAUUUAUGUACAAGAAAAGCUUAUUCCUAAGCAACAUGCCAAGAUAACUUUUUAUCUCAAAUGUAAGAUACAAGCAGUAAUUGCAUUACUUUAAAGAACCUUUAUAUACUUAACUUUCAUGGCUUAGAUAUGGUAUCAAGGUCCAUUAAUGCAUGCUGCUACAGCUUGUAAAAUCCCACUAAAUCAGUAAGACUGUGCCUAAAGUGAGAAGCAGUGUUAACAACUCACCAUGCAGAAUCAAUAUCAGUAUCAUAAAAGGGAGGGGCAGAACAAAUUUAACCUCAGUUUAAUGUUUAUCUUUGUUUAGAAUGGUGCUGAAUUUUAUAAAUCUGUAUUGAUUAGUAAGGGGAUAUGCUGCUUAAACUUGUAUAACUUCACUGUGUAGCUUAACAUUCCUAACUUUUUAUUAACUGACUUGAAGUAAAGAUACAGUUGUUGGAAGGAUUCCUAGGUGAAGAAGAGAGUAUGCAAGAAAGGACAACUGCUUUGAAAGUGUACACCAUAAUUAAUGAUGGUUUAAUAGGGAAAUUACUACUCCUAUGAAACCUGACACUCUUUAUUGUGAAUGCUGAUUAGCAAGAAAGAAGCCCUGAAUACACACAGAAUGCAUGCCUUUGGAAUAUUCAACAAGAGCAUUUUCAAUAAAAAAUACUCUGCAUUUCCGCA